AUGAAGUGUCAAAUCCCUAUGGAAGAAAGACACUUCAUCCAAAUGGCUCAGGCUGCCCUCAAGAUCUCUAUGAGAAAAAGAUUUGAUGGGAUACUGUUUGGAGAUCUGGCAGAACUAGCAGAUAAAGCAUCCAAGUACGAGGAACUGCUUAGGGAAGAACAGCAGAGGAGAAACUCUUCCAAAGGCACGUAUUACAAGUCCCCUUCUUCUUCAAUACACCUAGUUCAGAUAGAAUCAGAAGAAGAAGUAGAGGGCUCGGAGGAGGGAGAAAUUGCAGUAGCAGAGAUGGCAAAGUUGAAACAUCCCAUAAGCUGCAAGCCCCUUACAAAACCACCAAAGGAUCAGAAGCCGCUACCAUUCACAGGAGGGUUUGUUCCGAACAAACCAACGCAGAACAAGGUUUAUUCCUUUGAUUUGACCAAGGUGGAUGCUUUAUUUGAUGAAAUGUUGCAACAAAAGCAAUAG